CGAAUGACACACAAGUGAAAAGGAGUCUCAAAACACACAAUAAUUAAAGACAACCAAAACGUUAAUUUUUUUUUAAUGUUUAAAGCUUCACGUAUCGUAGUGAACUGUAAAAUAACAAUCUACACGUCAUUUUAGACAAUUUUGAAAGGGUUCACCCUAAAUUGUUUUUUUAAUAAUUACGAAAAUAAUGUUUUCAGAGAAGUUGUUUGUAAUGACAAUAUAACAAUGGCUGCUAAAGGUAAAAAACUUUCUUUGAAACAAAAGGAAAAAACUAAUGAUGGAAUCGAGAAAGUAGUGAUUCAUGAAAAUGCUUAUAUUUUUCCUAAUGGAGACAGAUACGAAGGUCAAUAUGUGUAUAGUCAAGAUGGAAAUGUACAGAGAUCUGGCUUUGGAAAACAUAUUUUAGCUGAUGGCACACUUUAUGAGGGCAUGUGGAAAGAUGAUGCAAUGAAUGGCACCGGACUACUUAGACAUUCUUCAGGAGAUGUCUAUGAGGGAGAGUUUCUCAAUAAUCAAUUCCACGGAGAAGGGACAUACACAUGGGCAAAUGGAUCCUAUGUUAAAGGAAAUUUUGUGAAAAAUAAAAUGGAAGGUAAAGGAGAAUUUUGUGAUACGAUGAAGCAAAUAUGGGAUGGAGAUUUUCACAAGCAAACAGCUACAGGUUUACAGUUUAGACUAAACACGAAUUAGAAAAGUCCAAGCAAAUAAAUGCCAGAAACGAAAACAUUGAGAAACAAUUAUUUAAUAAUUCUAUGCUUACAUUUUUAUUGUUCGUUAAGCUUUGAAAUUUAUUCAGCAUUUGUUUUUGAGCAUGUUUCAGCAUUUAUGAAACGUUUUCUAGUGCAUUUUCUGAUUUUCAUUUCUCUUGUUUUUGUUUUACCAUUGUAAAACAGAAAGAAAGAUUUUGAAGCUGGUAUACUUGAAUAAAUGUUUUAAAAUGUGAAAACAACUUAAAAUUCGCUUUAAAACUCAGUUGCCUGUUCAACCCCAGCAACCAAUUUUCUGAUAUAUGCGCGCGUGUUUGUUUGCGUGUGUGUUUGUAUGUAUUUAUGUAUGUCAUGGAGAUAGCUGGAUAGAUAGUUAUAUAAGUGCAAUAUACGAAACUCAGUUCUUCAGUCGUUUAUAUAACUUUAUAACCGAAUAGUACUUGUACACACACACACACACACACACACAUAGGAUCUAAAGAUCGAGGUGUAGAAAGAAAGUUAGCUUCAAGCAAUCCGUAGUAAAUAUAAAAAAACAACUUUUAAGGACAAUAGUAGUUUAUUGAGACGGAAGGUUGUGGAUUUUUUCGUAUCAAAGUACGAUAAACUGAAAAA